CGCGACGAGGCGCUCACCUACGCGCAGGUGGACCGGCGCAGCAACCAAGUGGCGCGGGCGCUGCGCGACCACCUCGGCCUGCGCCAGGGAGACUGCGUGGCGGUUUUCUUGGGCAAUGAGCCGGCCUUCGUGUGGCUGUGGCUGGGGCUGGCCAAGCUGGGCUGUGCCAUGGCGUGCCUCAACUACAACAUCCGCGCCAAGUCCCUGUUGCACUGCUUCCAGUGCUGCGGAGCGAAGGUGCUACUGGCCUCGCCAGAACUACAAGCGGCUGUUGAAGAGGUGCUGCCAAGCCUGAAGAAAGAUGAUGUGUCUAUCUAUUAUGUGAGCAGAACUUCCAACACCGACGGGGUUGGCUCUUUCCUCGACAAAGUGGAUGAAGUCUCAACCGAACCUGUGCCAGAGUCCUGGAGGUCUGAAGUCACGUUCUCCACGCCUGCCUUAUACAUUUAUACUUCUGGAACCACAGGUCUCCCAAAAGCUGCAAUGAUCAAUCAUCAUCGCUUAUGGUAUGCAACCGGCCUCAGUCUUAUAAGCAGGGUUACGAAAGAUGAUAUCAUCUAUACCACUCUGCCCUUGUACCACAGCGCUGCGCUUAUGAUUGGCUUACAUGGAUGCAUUGUGGCUGGUGCCACUCUGGUUUUGCGGAACAAAUUCUCAGCCAGCCAGUUUUGGGACGAUUGCAGAAAAUACAACGUCACUGUCAUUCAGUAUAUCGGAGAACUGCUUCGGUAUUUAUGCAACUCGCCCCAGAAACCAAACGACCGUGAUCACAAAGUGAGAGUAGCCUUGGGAAAUGGCUUGCGAGGAGAUGUGUGGAGAGAAUUCAUCAAGAGAUUUGGGGACAUUCACAUUUAUGAGUUCUAUGCUUCCACUGAAGGCAAUAUCGGCUUUGUGAAUUAUACGGGGAAAAUUGGCGCUGUUGGAAGAGCAAACUACCUACAGAGAGUAAGUACAUUGAAAAAUGAGAGCAUAUAUAGCCAGUUUUCAGAAUACAGAGAGUUCUUAAAAGCUAUGAGUAUGCCUUUGUCUUUUGUUCCUCAAGCAUGGUGCUUCUCCCAUGAUGAAGUUGGGGAAUUUGGGGACCAAGCUACUUCCUGUCAUCACAUCCUGAGCCAGAGACCACCUGUGACCUCUGCUAACCUCACCUUUUCUUCCAGGUGGAAAGGAGAAAAUGUGGCCACCACUGAAGUUGCUGACACACUGGGACUGGUUGAUUUUGUCCAAGAAGCAAAUGUUUAUGGAGUGCCUGUGCCAGGUCACGAGGGUCGAAUUGGCAUGGCCUCGAUCAAGAUGAAGGAAGGCCAUGAAUUUGAUGGAAAGAAGCUCUUUAAGCACGUUGCCGACUACCUGCCUAGUUAUGCAAGGCCCCGGUUUCUAAGGAUACAGGACACCAUUGAGAUCACUGGAACUUUUAAACACCGCAAAGUGACCCUCGUGGAGGAGGGCUUCAACCCUGCAGUCAUCAAAGAUGCCUUGUAUUUCUUGGAUGACAAAGCAGCAAUGUAUGUGCCUAUGACUGAGGACAUUUACAAUGCCAUACGUGCUGAAACUAUGAAACUCUGAAUAUUUCCAGA